AUGAAAAAAACACCUGGAACAAAUAAGUUCCGUGCAAAACCUGCUUUACAGCCUCAGGAGCAAACGUGUGUGUUAUGUAAAUACAGUACAAUUAAUCGACACUCUUUUAAAGUGCAUCAAAGAUCAGGACACCACUUAGAACUUCUGGAGGCGAUUCAGUCCAAUCAAGGAUCACUACCUGCCAAUGACAUCCAACAACAGAAUACCUCUGACGAACAACCUACUAUCCCGCUAAGCGAAUCUCGUAGUUCUGAUAUGGAGUCCAUUGAAAGACCAAUCCAACCUGAACGCACUGCCGAACCAUUGUCUGAACCUGCAAAUAAAUUUGACGAAAAUCAAUAUGAUGAUUAUGAUGGUGACGGUGAUGAUGAUGGGCGUGAUGAUGGUGAAGAAGAAUUCGAUGGUGGUAAUGCCUUUGACCAUUUCAACAAUGAUUUUAACAACGGAGGGGAAUCUGAUGAUGAUAGCGAAUCUAAUGAACCUCCCGUUCCUGUUAACGACGUCAACAACGGCUCUAAUGGUGAUGGUGGUGAUGGUGGUGAUGGUGGUGAUGGUGGUGAUGAUGGUAAUGAUGAAUAUCUUGAUUUGAGUGGUGAUGUCAACGAUAAUCCAGCAUAUCCUUUCAAAAAUGAAUACAUAAUGCAUGCCCUUCUUUUCUUCAAGUCUGGUAGCUUUAAGUAUUCAGAAGUCCAAAUCAAAUCAGUUCUUGAUUUUGGUAAAUAUAUGGCUGAAAUUGCAAUCAAAGAGUACAGAGCUCAACUAGCUUUGGAUCCUUCUGAUGUUAUUUAUGAUUUCCGUGGUUAUCCCACUCCCCACAGCGUUUCCAGAUUUCACAAAUCCAAGAAAAGUUGUAUACCUUGUUUUCCUCAUGCUCCCCAUUGUGCGAAAGAUGAUAACGGCGGACUUCUUGUCGAACCUACUGAACCUGCCACAUCAACUAGCACAUCUGGUACUGCUACAGCCGCUGACGCCUCUGCUCCUUCUCCUGCCUCUACCUCUCCUUCUGCCACUACCUCUGCUCCUGCCACUGAUCCUGCUGCAACAACAAAUACAACUGCUUCUACACACGCUGAUCCUGUUGUUGUCGCAUCAAGCCUGACUUGUUUCUCAAUGAUGUAUCUGAACACUUGCGACUUCUCGUAG